AUACAUAUCAUAUUUACAAUCUCAAAUCGCAUCUUACAGUGCAUAUCUCCGCGAUCCUUCUAUCGGAUCCGGCUACGAGGCGAGGAGCUAUUGUGGUCUCCGAGUCGCCCUUCAGGCUACACAGCGUCAAAGAUUGCAUCUCGUGUUCGCUGACACUGUCCAACACUGCAUUGUCUCUGAAAUAUUUUUAGCUCCUCGCUCGCUAAGACAUACCCGACAUUCGACGUCGCCUCGCGUCGCAAAUUAGAUACCCUUAGGGGGGAGAGACCCCACAGUGCGCUCCAGCUCCAGCUCCAGCUCCAGCUCCAGCCAGCCAUGGUAUAUCAACUGUUGGUAGCAUCAGUCGUGCAGCUUGUAACACGCGAUGAUGACGACGAUGCGGGGGACAACGACGGGCCGCGCGACUGCAUAACAGCCACCCCGGGACCGAAUGGAAACGUGCCGACAUACGCCUGCAACUCCUAUUACAAUUUCGAUCCACAAUUCGCCCCUGCCGUCGCCGUCGCCGUGCUAUUCGGCGUCCUCACCGGGGCCCACAUAGUCGAGGCUAUCAUCUUCCGCAAGAGAUAUAUGUGGGUCUUGAUUAUGGGGGGCAUAUGGGAAACGGUAGCCUUCAUCCUCCACUCUUUGGGGGCUCGGAAUCAGCAGAAUGUUGGGUAUGCGACGGCAUGGCAGAUUCUAUUCUUGCUUGCACCCCUAUGGAUUAAUGCAUCCGUAUACAUGACAUUUGCCAGAUUGUCGUGGUUCUUCCUACCAGAUCAGAGGAUCGGCGGGAUCAAACCUGCAUCUAUUGCCAAAUAUUUCGUCUGGGCUGAUGUUCUUACCUUUCUCGUCCAAGGCGUGGGCGGUACCAUGGCCUCUCCGACUGCAAGCCCGAACAUCAUCAAGAUUGGUCUCGACAUAUACUUGUCUGGAAUGGGCUUACAGCAAUUCUUCAUCAUGCUAUUCUUAGUCCUCAUGGUUAUAUUCCACCGUCGCGCGCAGGCGAGCCCCCCUGAAGUGGUAUCGGAAACCGGUGAGAAGAAACCAGGUUGGAAACCACUUCUGAUAGCCCUCUAUGUCGUUCUAGCCCUCAUAACGAUUCGAAAUAUGUAUCGCAUUGCAGAAUUCGCUGGUGGUAUCACGCCUUCAAAUCCGGUUCCGUCGCACGAGGAAUAUUCUUAUUCCCUCGAUUGUUUCCCGAUGAUGCUAGCUCUUUUGAUACUCGCUAUCUGGCAUCCGGGCAGGACACUCGUUGGACCCGCCAGCGAGUUUCCUCACAAGUCUAGAGUGGAGAAGAAAAGAGAAAAACAAGAACGCAAGGCGGCCAAAAAACAAGCAAAGUUCGACAAGAAGUGGCCUAAAAGCAGCCAAGAUGCACCUCUCCCAGGUCACAUCGACGAACCUGUAGAGUUAACUAGAUAUCACUAUGACACCUUGGCGAGAUAGGCAGCCUAGCCAAACGGCAUAAGCCGAUUAUGAACUACUAUUAGCAAAUUAGCGAGGGAAAAAAAUCAGAAAGUUCAACGUCGACUUAAGAUAUUACGUUUUUGAUGAGAGAACA